AUGAAGGGCUCCAAGAGUGUCUUCUGCCUUCUCUUCUUUCAUGCUGCUCUCAGCCUGGAGCGUAUCCGGUGGUGCACUGUCUCUGAGCAAGAACUUUCCAAGUGUACUGACAUGAGUACAGCCUUUGCUGGGGCUGGUAUCCUUCCCCCGGUGGAGUGUAUAAAGGGGGGGUCGGCUACUAACUGUACACAGAUGAUCAAGGAUGAUUUGGCAGAUGCAGUGACACUGGGUGGUCAUUCGAUUUACCAAGCUGGAAAGGAGCAUAGGCUGAAACCUGUGGUUGGGGAAGUGUAUGAUCAAGAGAUUGGAACUUCGUACUAUGCCGUGGCUGUUGUAAGGAAGAGCUCUAACAUCACCAUCAACAGCCUGAGAGGUGCCCGUUCAUGCCACACAGGCAUCAACAGAACUGCAGGCUGGAAUGUGCCCGUGGGUUAUCUCAUUGACAGUGGGCACCUGGCAGCAAUGGGAUGUGACCUUCCAAAAGCUGUUAGUGACUAUUUCAGUGCAAGCUGUGUUCCUGGAGCAAAUAGCAUAAACUACCCCAAAUCCCUCUGUCAGCUCUGUAAAGGAGAUUCAUCUGGGCAGAAAAAAUGCGAAGCAAAUUCACAAGAGCAAUACUAUGACUACAGUGGGGCUUUCAGGUGUUUGGCUGAAGGUGCUGGAGAAGUUGCUUUCGUGAAGCACAGCACAGUGCCUGAAAAUACUGAUGGAAAUACUCUUUCUUUAUGGGCUCAGAAGCUUCGCUCCAGUGAUUUUCAGCUUCUGUGUCGCAAUGGCAGCACAGCUGAUGUGACAGAGUGGAGAACCUGCCACCUGGCCCGAAUCCCGGCUCGUGCCGUAAUUGUGCGGCCUGACACAGAUGGGACAGUCAUCUUCCAGCUCCUGAACCAGGGACAACAAAGAUUUAGUGGUACAGGUGCCAAGUUUCAGUUGUUUGACUCAGCAGCCUAUGGUGCUCAGAAUCUUCUGUUCCGAGACUCCACCACCAAGCUCGUUGCGAUCACAGCUCAGAGUUACCAGGCAUGGCUGGGUGAUGAGUAUCUUCAUGCCCUGCAAGCCCUGAGCUGCGACCCCAGCACAUUGCCAGAAAGCCUGACCUGGUGUGUUGUAUCCACUGAAGAGAUUUGGAAAUGUGGUGAAAUGGGUGUUGCUUUUCAGAAAAAGAAUUUGAAACCAGCAAUCCAGUGCAUUUCAGCCCAGACAAAAGAACAGUGCAUGGAGCUGAUCCAGAAAAAGGAAAGUGAUGCUGUAGCUCUGAGUGGAGCUGAUAUUUACACAGCUGGAAAGACAUAUGGCCUUGUACCAGCUGCUGGAGAAAAUUACUCUGCUGAUGACAACAGCAGUGCGUACUAUGCCGUGGCAUUAGUGAAACGGAAUUCUUCCAAUGCUUUCACCAUCACUGACCUGAAAGGGAAGAAGUCCUGUCACACAGGACUGGGGAGAACCGCUGGAUGGAAUAUCCCAAUUGGCAUGCUAAUUAAAAGGGGCAUCAUUAGGCCCAGAGACUGUAAUAUUCCUCAAGCUGUGAGUGAGUUCUUCUCUGCUAGCUGUGUGCCUUCUGCUAAGCAGGACAAUUACCCAUCAAAACUCUGUAAGCUAUGUAUUGGAGAUGGUAAUGGAAACAAUAAAUGCAGUGCAAGUAGCCAAGAACGUUUUUAUAGCUACAGCGGAGCCUUCAGGUGCUUGGCACAGGAUGCUGGGGAUGUGGCCUUUGUGAAGCACUCGACAGUGUUUGAGAACACAGAUGGUAAGAAUACUGAUAGUUGGGCCUAUAACUUGAAGUCCAGUGAUUUCCAGUUACUGUGUCCAAAUGGAGCCCGUGCUGAAGUCACUCAGUUUGCAGAGUGUCACCUGGGUCGAGUGCCAGCACAGGCCAUUAUGGUGCACCCAGAUACCAACGUUUUUGCUGUAUAUGGACUACUGGAUAAAGCUCAGGACUUUUUUGGAAAUGACAGCAAUGAAAAUGGAUUCAAAAUGUUUGAUUCUUCAACUUUUCAUGGAAAAGACUUGAUCUUUAAGGAUUCUGCAGUUGAGAUUGUGCCAGUAAAAGAGAGACGGACAUACACAGAAUGGCUGGACAGUGAAUAUAUUGAGUCCCUUGAAGGGAUACAAACACCACCAUGCUCUCGGGCAGCUGUAAUUACAACAAAGGCUGCCAUGCUGCUGACAGGCAGUGUCCUCCUGACUACAGCUACUACCUCAUGAUGCUGGGAUGAAGAGAUAUUCAAUGCAAUAAAAAAGUUAGCAAAACUAAAUAGUAAUUAUGUAAAUAAAUGAAAU